AUGUCUGAUAAUUUAAUAGAUCUUACCCUUAAGCAAAUAUUCAACAAUGAUCUGAACAAAUUAUCUAACUCACAUUUAUAUAAUUUUUAUGAUAAAAUAAUUAAUGAUAUUAAUAUUAAGUGUGAUAAUAUUUAUUUCCGUAAAGUAAAGAUUGAUGAUGCUGAUAUAAAUGAUGAAACUUGUAAACUUUGGGGAAUUGUUUACAAAAUAUUAGAUAAUUGGAAUAAUUGUAAUAAAUUUAGUAAUAUAAAUCCUAAAAAGUGUUGUGACUACUUUAACUAUUGGUUAUAUGGAGAGCUCAAAAAGGAUGUUAUAUACAAUAAUAUUAGUAAUAUUAAAAUUAUAUACAAAGCUUGGGAUAGUUUUUUUAAUGAACUUGCCGAUAAAAAAAUAUGUUAUAUCAGGAAAUAA